AUGGCUUUCCGCUCCUUCCCAACCACGCUCCUUCCUUUCUUUACACUCUGUAUACCCACCUUGCUCUCGGCGCUCCUCGCCACCGUGGUCAUAAACGGACCGCUCCCAGUCAAAGCGGCACCCCCGAACAAUACGCUCUACAUCAUCUCCAACGCCGAGACGCCGUCGCUGCGCCUGCCCGGUCUGACGCCUGUCGGGCUUACGCGGGUGCAGGAGUGCCUUCCGCCGUUGUUAUCACCGCUGGAUAUUGGGUUAAUUAUUGCGUGCCCGUUCGACCCCGACUCGGGCCUGUGCAAGCAGACGGAGGCGACGGCGCGUCCGACGGCGGAGUAUAUUGGGUUGGAGGUUGAUACUUCGUGUGGAGCAGACGAAGAGACGGACGACGACUGCGUCCCGGACUUGAUCAAGGAGUUUGGGAGGAACAGCACACAGAGUGUUCUUAUCGUCUGGGAUAUCAACGACCUCGACUCGCUCUUCGAGAACCUCGACGUGGAUGAUGACUGGGAGGACGACGACGACGAGGAAGACGAGCUGUCCCAGCACCACGACGUACUGUAUACCGUUGUCAAAAGGCGCGUGACGAGCAUCGUCUCACAGGGCUGCGCAGGGAUCGACGGGCAGGCUCCGGGGACGUUCAGGAAGCGGUCGUUGACUUAUCGGGGGCUUGCGCAACGAGAGGAAGCGCCAUAG